UUUAAAGCCCUGUCGUUACCGUUUGACGGUAGUGUGUGACUGCAGAGGGUGGGCUCGUACUGUUGUGGUCACGAUCGUGUCUAACAGUGAGAAAUGGCUGAAAUAAUCGCCGUCCACGCCGUGUUGCCCUCGCCGUCCACUAUAAACGGCACCUUCCCGAUCCAGGAGGACACAGCUGCAGCCGCCCCCCCGGCCUCGGUGAGCAGCGAGGAGGACUACCUGUUUGUGGAGGCCAGGCACCCCAACACCGUCCUGCAGGGCCUCAACAGCCUGAGGCUCAACAACGCCUUUUGUGAUGUGACCCUGUGCUGCGGAGGCAAGGAGUUCCCCUGCCAUCGCAUUGUGCUGGCCUCCUUUAGCUCUUACUUCCAGGCAAUGUUUUCCACUGACCUGAUAGAGUCCAAACAGGAACGUGUUGCCAUUAAUGGAGUUGAGCCUCAGAUGAUUGGCAUGCUGGUGAGCUACGCCUACACCUCAGAGGUCUACAUUUCUAAAGCAAAUGUGCAGGCUCUGCUGGCAGCAGCCAACCUGUUGGACGUGAUGGCCGUCCGAGAGGCCUGUUGUCGCUUUAUGGAGUGUCAGAUGGACGAGAUGAACUGUGUGGGGAUUCACUGCUUCGCCGAGGCCCAUUCUUGUAAGGUGUUGGAAAAACGCAGCAUGGAGUACAUUCAUGAGCAAUUCAGCAGCGUUUCUCAGCAGGAGGAGUUCCUGUCUCUGUGUGUGGACAAACUGACAGAAAUAAUCGCCAGUGAUUAUCUCAAUGUGCCUAAAGAGGAGCUGGUGUUUGAGGCCGCCAUGUCCUGGUUGAACAAAUGUGCCACUCGAAAACAGAGCUUUGAAAAGGUCCUCGAACACAUCCGCCUGUCUCUCAUCAGCCCAUACUACCUCCACGAUGUGAUCGAGUCUCUGGAUGUGGUGAAGGAGAACCAGGCCUGCCAGAAGCUCAUCUCCGAGGCCAAGGACUACCUGCUGCUGAAAGACCGCCGCGGAGAGCUCUACUGUCCCCGAGCGAGGCCGCGCAGGUCCACAGGGACAGCUGAAGUCAUAGUGACAGUUGGCGGGGAGGACGACAAGCUGGUGCUGCGCAGCGUGGAGAGCUUCGAUCCUCUGACCAAUCAUUGGAAGAAUCUGGCCUGCCUGCCCUUCGCUGUGAGCAAACACGGGCUGGUCGUGUCCGACUCCACUCUGUAUUUGGCAGGAGGAGAGUUUCCUGACGGCUCAGCCAGCAGGGAGAUGUGGCGCUACGACCCCUGCUUCGACUCCUGGAUGGAGAUGGCUCCCAUGAAUGUUGCUCGCUCUGAGUUAGGCCUGGUGAUGCUGGAUGGCUUUGUGUAUGCAGUGGGGGGGUGGGAGGGGGGGUCCCGCAUGGACUCUGUGGAGUGCUACAACCCUCACACCAACUCCUGGCAGUUCACAGAGUCAGUGAAGAUGGCCGUCACAAGCCCCGCUGUGGUGGCACUGGACGGACUGCUCUACGUUACUGGUGGAGCCGUUCUAGAGGAUGGUGACGGCACAGACUUCGCUCAGGUGUACAACCCUAAACGCUCGAUGUGGACCGAGGUUGCCUCCAUGCAGAUCGCCCGCUCCGGUUCAGCUGCUUGCACACUCAAAGGAAAGAUUUAUGUUAUAGGAGGAUGGCACGCCUCAACAGAGAACACAGAUAAGGUGGAGUGUUACAAUCCAAAGACCAACAAGUGGACCAUGUGCGCUCCAAUGAAAGAACGACGGUACCGGCCCGGGGCGGCAGUGGUGGAUGGAAAGAUUUACGUCCUGGGAGGAGAAGAGGGCUGGGACAGAUAUCACGACACGAUCGAGAGGUACUGUGAUGAGACGGACGCGUGGGAGAUCGUCGGGGAGAUGCCCACCAGUCGCAGCUGGCUCAGCUGUGUGUCUCUCCAGCUCAGGAAGGACAUCCACAUGUGCUGCUUACCCGGGACGCCAAACGACAUUUGAGCGACAGUGUCUGAAUCUUUCGUGGUUGUUCAUUGCACCCUCAUUAGGGGACAGUGCCCUACAAAGCUCAGAGCUGUGGAGAGCAGCUGACUGAGAUGGGAUGCCGGGAUCUGGCACGGCGCUGAUUGAGCUGUUACCGGCGGCAAAGAGUAGUCGGUUUUGAUCGACGUCUGCUUGUGGAAUGAGUCACAAUUGUGUCCCAUUUUUGCCUUGAUGACAAAAGACAUAUGGUCCACGGAUAUUAAGUUACUGAUUGACGAUCGAGUCAGCAGUCUGAUCUGGCUCUCUGUAUGAUGUAUGUUUACGGUACUGUUUUGAUGGCCGAACACCUCAAAUCUGUGAAAAGCCAACAUAGUGUAUUUUUGUACUGUUAUAACGAUGUGAUGUAUUUAUUGGGGUGUGAUUAGCUGUGAGAAAGAUAGUUAAAAAAAUGUAAACAUUUCACAAAAGAUUCUCUAUGGGCCAAAUAAUCUUUCUGUGAAUAUUUCUUAAGGUCACCCGUGAAAAAGUUGUCUAUACGUGAGCUGUGUUUUUGUAAGUAAUGCUUUGUAAGUUCUGAAUGAUGGUCUUUACUACCUGUAAUAUGUUUCUAUUUUUGUAAUGUGUGUCGUAGUGACUUUUAAUGGAGUGGGUUCUAAUAAAUAGUUUAAAUUAU